AAAACUACACGGGAACAUAGAAAUCAGACAAAAUUUCAAUGAGAUUGAUUUCUAACUCACCUCAAUUCAAGUCCAGAAGUAAGGUUCCAAAUACGUCUCAAGUCUGAGAGAACGAAAAGAGCUUUGUUUGGAGCACGUUCUGAAAUAGUAAUGGAGGCUGAGACAGAGGAAAGAACAAAACCAAUUGCCAUCUUCAUGGCCUUCGGUACUAGAGGCGACGUCUAUCCCAUCUCUUUGCAAUGUUUCCUACCUCCUCAUCCUCCCUUACCUUUCCAGGCCAUUGCUGAAGCUUUUGCUUGUGACCAGAAACAAUACAAUGUGGUCCUGAUAACUCAUUCAGCGCAUGAGAACUUAGGUCAUCACUUGGCAGAAAAGCAUGUUGCUUAUUAUCCAAUUUCAUCUGCACCUGUUCUUUCUACUGAACAAAAUCAUGAAACUGCUACAGGAUCAGCCCCAGUGGAGUUGUCAUUUUUGCUGCACAAAAAAAAGCUUCAAAGAGAACAUAGACAAGAAUGCUAUUCUCUAGUUCAAAGGAUAUUUGGACGUGGCCCAAUCCUGGAGGGUGAUUUUAUUCUGAUAAAUUUCUUUGCAUUGGAAGGGUGGAGCCUUGCGGAAAUGUUUUGUGUCCGUUGCAUAGUUGCUGCCCCAUAUGUCGUCCCAUAUAGUGUACCUUCAUCAUUUGAGCGCCGGUUCAGAAAAGAACUUCCACUUUUGUAUAGAUAUCUCCAGGAAGCUCCCAUUGACAAGGUUUGUUGGAAGGACGUGAUUCAUUGGAUGUGGCCUCUUUUCACUGAAAGUUGGGGAUCAUGGAGAUGUGAUGAACUGAAUCUGAGUCCUUGCCCUUUUACGGAUCCAGUAACAGGUCUCCCCACAUGGCAUGAUAGGCCUCCAUCUCCCCUAUUAUUGAGCAUUGGAAUUAUUGUGCUGACAGUCAUGUACGGAUUUAGCAAAGAAGUUGUUGAAUGCCCUGAUUAUUGGCCAUCGAGUGUCUGUGUUUGCGGCUUUUGGUUUCUGCCUAUGGAAUGGCAGUUUUCAUGUAAGAAGUGCAGGGAAAUUUCAGCACUUGUUUCUUCAGGACAUCUGCAGAGAAAAGAAGAACUAUGUUCAGCUCAUCUUGAUUUACAAACUUUUCUGAAGACUAUGUCAAGGCCGCCUAUUUUUGUUGGGCUGAGUUCUGUUGGAAGCAUGGGGUUUUUAAAAAAUCCUCAAGCAUUUCUUCGUGUUCUUCAAACUGUUAUAGAGAUCACAAGUUUCAGAUUUAUUCUCUUCACAGCUGGUUUUGAACCUUUAGAUGCAGCUGUUCAUAUGAUUGCUGCAGAAGCAUCAUCAUGUUUAAGUCAAAGACAGCCCAAUGAAGAUUGCAUCUCUCUCUUCAACGGUCAGCUUUUCUGCUUCACUGGUUCCAUGCCAUACAAGUGGCUGCUACCAAAAUGUGCGGCUGCAAUUCAUCAUGGGGGAAGUGGAAUUACUGCUGCUGCAUUACAUGCAGGAAUCCCACAGGUAGUAUGUCCGUUUUUGCUUGAUCAGUUCUAUUGGGCUGAGAGGAUGUUUUGGCUUGGAGUUGCACCAGAACCAUUGAAAAUAAAUCACUUGCUUCCUGAUAAAAGCGACAAUGUGAGCAUCCAUGAAGCUGCAACUGUGCUAUCUCGGGCGAUAAAUAAUGCGUUAUCUCCUAAAGUCAAAACAUGUGCAUUAGAAAUUGCUGAGAGAAUUUCUCUGGAGAAUGGAGUCUUGGAGGCCGUGAAGAAGCUCAAGGAGGAGCUGAGUUGCCCCCGUUAACAUAAUCAAAUUUCCCUGUUUGGGAUACUUAUGUGGUUGAAUUGCCGAGUCCACAAGCGAAUUUGUGGGUUUACAGACAAUUUCUUCUUAAAUUUGGAACUAAGAAAAUUCCAAAAAACAAGUGAAAAAAAAAAAUGUAGAUGGAAGGAUGGUUGGGAGUCUACCGU